AUGCUCCGCAUCCGCCCCUUCCUCCUGCCUACGCUUCCUCCUUCUCCUCCUUCUCCCCCCUUGACACCCUCUACUUCUGCGAGGAAUGUGAUGCAAUCCGUUGCGACCAAGACCACCAAGAACCCAGAAGAGAGGGUCAGCGGCGCGCCGUACUUCCUCAUCUGCGCAGCGUGUAAAUGGUCGAGCAAGGAGAUUGGGUGGCUGUUCGACAAGCCCUCGGGCCUGGCAGGCCAGAGCGAGAGACAAUUCUCGCAAUCGGAGCUGGUGCAAGGCGAGUAUGACAGCCUCAAGGACUCGCUGGAGAAGUACAUUGCGCAAUCGGGCCCACCGCCCGCGGCGCAGAAGCCUGACAAGGAGAAACGGCAAUCACACCAGCGCGCCCCAUCACGACACCUCGCACAGAUCGCCGCAUCGCGCGCUUUAGGCCGUGAGGUUCCUGGACUGCCACCGCUCAAGUCGUCAGGGCGUAAGGCCCGUCUCCGCCGCGAGGAAGGCGACAAGGGCGGGGCGACCCGCGACGAGAUGCCGCCAUAUGUGGCCAAAGGGUCGUGGCGCGACAAGGGCCUGGAGUGCGGCCUUGCGGACGUGGACGCUAUGCGAGAGAUGGAGGCAAAGCACUUCCCCCCCCCGGACGCCAAGUCUGUGCGCAUGCCAAUCAAGGUCGUCGCGUUCAACUACCUCCCAACUGUCGAGCUGGGCCGACGGCGCCGGCGCAUGGCUGAGGAGCUGAACGAGGAUGCGACGGACGAGGAGCUGGAGCGGAAGCGGCGUGAGAGACGGCGGACACGCCUCCCUCCAGGGCGUGAGGAGGAUGAGCCCAUGUCGGCACCGCUGUUGGCCGGCGAGGUGUACUCGUUCCAGAUGGCUUUCACCAACCCGCUCUACGACCCUAUCCAGAUCCGUUUGGCACCCGCGCACCAGCCCAAGUUGCCUGUGCCCGCGAACCAUCACAUUUUCAUCCCCACUGCUCAUUUCACCGUCGGUGCGCUCAAGGACGCGUGGGCGUACGACGAGGAGGAUGAGGACGAGGGUGGGAGCGAUGACGGGCUGGGCGGCGUCGUUGAUGGUGUCAAGGGUCGUAUGGGUCUUGGUGCGCAUCGCCACCGUGGUCGCGAAUUGGGCGUUGAGAAGCGAGGCAACGUGACCAAGGUCGGCCUCGAGGUUGAGGUGUACAAGGAAGCUACAGGGCCAGUUGAGUUUGACCUGGAAGUGAGGUUUACGUAUCGGGCCGAUGAGGGCGAGGGAAGUAAGGAGGGGGCUAAGGCUGAGUACAAGACGUUUACAUUCUGGUCUCGUAUGUGUGCAGGCGAGGUGUCUGACGAGUAG